UCCCUGUGCCUGCUCCCAGUUCUCCCAUUACCCCCAGUGCCCCUUCCCAGUGCACCCAGUCUUCCCAGUGCCUCAUGCCGGUAUCCCCAGUGCCCCCGGUUCCUCUCAGUGCACACAGUGCCUCAUCCCAGUAUUCCUUCUUGGUCCUUCUGGUCCUUCCCAGUAUUCCCAGUGCCUCAUCCCAGUGCCCCCAGCCCCUCCCAUCUCUCUCAGUGCGCUCAAUGUUCCCAGUCCCCCUUCCCAGUCCCUCUGGUCCCUCCCAGUACCCCAUCACAGGGCCACCGAGGCCCCUUCCCAGUCCUUCUUGUCCCUCCCAGUAUUCCCAGUGCCUCAUCCCAGCAUCCCCAGCGCCCACCCCCCAUCUCCCCACAGGGUUCUACGUGGCGGUGGUGCUGGAGCGCUGGUGGGGGCAGUUCCGCAGCGUCCCGGCGCCGGACGGGCUGAUGCUGGCGGUGGGGUGCAGCGUGCACGGGGCCGACGCGCGGGGUCGCAUCCUGCGCCGCACGCUGAUGCGCUACGGCAGCCUGGCCGCGCUCCUGGUGCUGCGCGCCGUCAGCACCGCCGUCUACAAGCGCUUCCCCACCACCGACCACCUCGUGGAGGCGGGGUUCCUGACGCGGGAGGAGCGGCGCCGCCUGGACGCGCUGCGCUCGCCCUACAACAAGUUCUGGGUGCCGUGCGUGUGGUUCGGGGCGCUGGCGGGGCAGGCGCGGCGCGAGGGCCGAGUGCGCGACGACUGCGCCCUCAAGCUGCUGAUGGAGGAGCUGAACCGAUUUCGGGCCAACUGCAGCCUCCUCUUCCACUACGACUGGAUCAGCGUCCCCCUGGUGUACACACAGGUGGUGACCAUCGCGGUGUACACCUUCUUCGCCACCUGCCUGAUCGGGCGGCAGUUCCUGGACCCGGCCCAGGGCUACGCGGGCCACGAGCUGGACCUGGGGCUGCCCGUCUUCACCCUCCUGCAGUUCUUCUUCUACGUG